CAGCUCGUGACAGCCAAGGAAACCCGAGUGAAAACACACUGACCUAACGGCCGCUGCUGCGCGUGCUGCAGUGUCUUGUUUCAGAAGAUUAUUUGGGAAGUUCACCUGGCUGUCGCUGAUGGAGACCAGACAACAAGGUUUCCUGGACUCUGAGCCAUUGAGAGAGGCUGAUGAAGAUAUGGCCUCAGAAGUCAACCUUAACAACUCCAUCAUGACUGAGGAGGAGAGAGAGGAGAUUCAGCAAGAGUUAGCUAAACUGGAGGAGGAGAUCAGUACGUUGAAGCAGGUUUUGUCGUCCAAAGAGAAGCAGCACGCAGAACUCAAACAGAAGCUGGGCGCGACUUCUCUGUACGAGCUCAGGAACAACCUCAGUAGAGGCUGGCACGACAUGCAGACCUCCACGGCCUAUAAGAAGACAUCCGAGACGCUGUCCACAGCAGGACAGAAAACCUCAGCCGCCUUCAGCACACUGGGCAGCGCCAUCACCAGGAAGUUCGGGGACAUGAGAAAUUCUCCCAGCUUCAAGUCUUUUGAGGAGAAAGUCGAGACUACAGUGUCCACCCUCAAGACAAAGGUUGGGGGUACAGGGACCGCAGGCAGCUUUGAGGAAGUCCUCUCCUCUGCAGCAAAUGCCAGCUCUCAGGACAUGCCCACUAUCAACUUGGCGGACAGCUCUGAGAGGCCUGCCUGAAAUUUUACAGAAUACCUUUAUUUGAUCACACGUGUUAAGAUGCUUUUGUAAACCAUGUUUGUGAUUAAAUCUCCUAACACUUGCAUGGAAUUUCCUGCAAACCCUAAAUGCCUAGACUUAAUCAAAAAGUUACGCAAUUUCUUGUUUGGCCCAAAUUUACUCAAAAUAUUUUAAAGCAGCAGUUGUCUACCUUUUUAUUUUGAAAGAUCAAGACAGCUGGCGUCAAAAGCACACCUAACUGGUAGAGGGCUGAUAAACACAGUGAGCCUCUCAGAUUGUUGUUAUUGUUGUUGUUGUUAUUUAUUAUUAUUAUUAUUAUUAUUAUUAAUAAACUGGGUUUAAAGGAAGAAUCUGUCGACAACCUAGAUCGUUUUAUGAAUGUUACCAAGAGAUCAGAGCAUGUUGGUCUUUUUGUUGGAGUUUUUCUUCAGUGUCGUGGAUUUAACCAAUGAGACGACAAAUGUCACCUGCCUCUGGUGACCUCCACACCAUGUUAAACCACAGUGAUCGAUCACAUGGGGUUGAAGCGGAGACGCAGCUAAGCCUUAGUUAAAAAAAUGAGAAUGCACAGAUUCCAGACAAAAGCGAAAACCCUGUAUUUCUGCUGUCAUUUAAGUUGAGCGCCUCGUGGUUUGGCUCACGUAGUCACCCUCUCAACACGAGUGGAAAAACUGUCGAAUCACAGCUGGAAUUCCUCAGACACAAAAUAAAAGGUUAUUGAUGCCUUCUUUUGUUGUGUAAAUUCGACAUAAGCCAUGUUGGUACAUUAUCACAACUCUACAUUACUAGAACUUUCAUACCAAAAACUACAUUUUUAGGUUAUUAUUAGAAAUAGGUGUUUGGUAUAAAAAUACACAUGUUACAUUUUACUAAAACAUGUAAAGAAAAUGUACAUAGAACCCAUGUUGAUGUGAUUAACCCAGAAGUCCUGGGGGAAAAGAUUAUUUGUAGACUUAGUAUAAAUGGUUUUACACUAAGACAGAAGAUCUUAAGAUUUUGUUAUAGCACCUAAAACAAUCUUUUGUGGGCUUUACUUUGCAAAUGCAGCCACUCAUGAUACUUUUUGAAAACCACAGCUGACUGUUGUACACAUUUUGUGCUGCUGACAGUUUGGGUCGGGCCUUAUUUGAAUGCUGGAUUAGAUUUAUGGCACGGAUAUUUAGUUUGUGCAGUCACACUAAAGGACUAACUAGUCUAUAAGAAGAAAUGAAACCCUGUAUUUGCCACAUGCGCAAAAUCUGAUAAAUGACUUGCUGGAAAUGACAAAAACAAUUGUGUGCACUGUUGUCUGCAAACAUCUUGACUCCAGCAGUUUAAACUGGGGAUAUUUAUUUUUGAAAGUUUCAAUGUUUUUAACCUUGUGUGAACUGCUAUGCCUCAGAUACGUGCUGGAUCAGCACAGGUUAAUGUUACACUAAAAUGGUCAAGAUAGUGUAAAAGCUGAACUUUUUUCUGAGGCCUAUGUAACUGACGCACAGUAUAACAUUAAUACAACAUCAUACUGCUGCUUGCGUUGGCUUCACAAACGAUGUGAUUUCUUUCUUUUUUAAACUCUCCUGGUGCAGAACUAACCUGUUAAUGCUGAAAGACACUUUUUACUGCUUAUGUUAUGAAAAGGUUGGUGCCACAAAACAUAAAAAAAAAUCUCAUUUAAUUUUUGUGUAAAAUCCCUUUAUUUCUUUUAAUCUUUUCAAGUACGGCCUCUAUGGCCACCGUAUAUCUUUGCCAUCAAUGUGACCUUCUGUUUUCAAUAUAUGAUGUGUUUUGUGGUUCUCCUAUUGUCUUUCAUGUGUUUUUAAGAUUUCUUUUCUUGGCUGUGGUUUCAGAAGACGCCCCAGAUCAUUUAAUGUGUUACGCAGUCUGUCCAUGAAAUGUAUUUUAAUAAAAUUCAUGUCAACAUUCAAGUACUGAAAGAUCUUGCGUAGCAAGAAAAUGUUGUCAGGUCUGAUCUUUUACCAAAUAACUGAGGUCAUGCAUGUUAUAUCAUUGGAAAAUUAAUUACAGUACAUGUUUUAGAUUUUUACAAUGUGUUGGGUUGAAAUCAAACUGAACUCAGCAGUUAAGACUUUAACAAAGGUUUCUACUAAAACUCAAAAACAUAACCCCCAAGCUGUGACAUUCAAAUAAAAUAAUUGUAAUGUUUAACAUAUUCAUACAAUUAAUUACACACCAUUACAAAGAGCUGUUUUUAUGGCUGAUGUGAGGUGACAACAUUUUUACAAUAAACACUGUGAACUGUGA